AUGAAUUUGUUGAUUUGGGGCUUUUUGGUCGUGUUUGUGCUAACUUGCAAACACUUUUUCUCGGAUGGUGACUUUUCCUUCCUCCUUACUCUGGGAAGUCUGAUUAGCUGCUUUGGCUUCUGCCUCAUUACUUUCCGGUCCAUAAAGACACGGUCGGUUGCCGGAGUGUCUCUGAAGUCUCUCCAGUGCUACGCCGUCGUCUUCCUUUGCAGAUUUAUCGCUGUCUGGAACAGUACCAGCUAUUUGCCCUUUGAUCGAAGUGGCGACUGGUUCUACCAAGUGGUUGAGCUGACCUCUUUCUUCGCUGUGAUGAUCAACAUCUAUUUGAUCAUGGGUCCUCUGAAAUACACUCACAACUCUCACCACGACACGUUCGGCCAGGGUCAUUUCCUCCCCAAGCAGUACACCUCGCUCUACCUCAUCGUUCCUGCGAUCGUUUUAGCGCUGAUCGUCCGUCCUCACCGCUCCGGCACUUACUGCGAUUUGCUCUGGGCGAUCGCGAUGUACCUCGAAGGCGUAGCGAUCUACCCGCAGCUGCACAUGUUCCAGAAGAAUCGAACGGGCGAAAUCGAAGCUCUGACCUCGCACUUCGUGUUCUCGAUGGCGAUCAGCAAGUUCCUGAAUCUUCUCUUCUGGCUGGGAAGCUGGAAGGAGUUGAACAGCGGGUGGAGCUAUCUGAGUCGGCAUUUCGCGGGACCGAUCGUGAUUGCCUCGCAGAUUACGCAGCUGGCGCUGAUGGCGAGCUUUAUCUUCUAUUACUUGCGAGCUGCGUUCAGCGAUACGCCACUGAUUUUGCCUACAAGCAUUGCGGACCGCCGGGAUUUGUGUGUUUGUUGGAAACAGGAGAAAGAGAAAGCAAGUAGACUAAAAGAUCGUCGUCUUGGAGGACGGAGUGGAUGUAAAAGCGAAGCUGCGCGAUGGAGUCGCCGUCCAUUUCCGAUUCCUCGCUCCAGCGAGUUUGCGAAAGCACGUCGAUCGCUUCUUCGAAGUGCUUUCGCUUUAUGUGGUAAAUGA